UGCUAAGUACUUGGAGAAAUGUCCAGUGAAGACAAGAAAGCGAUUGCUACCAAUGAACGCAACGAAGAAGACAAGCAAUGUUGCCCGAAUGUGAAUCGGAAACUCUUAAUUCCGAAAGCGUUUUACUUCUUUUUCUUUUCUGCCUGGGGAUCACUUCUGCCGUACUUAGCUUUGUAUUUUAAACAGCUGAUGCUUUCACCGAGCGAAGUAGGAAUCCUUAUGGGCCUGAAGCCGUUUGUGAACUUUCUUGUUAUUCCAAUAUGGGGCGCCAUAGUGGACAAAUGUCAAAAGAGUAAAGUGGUUAUGGUUAUUUCUAUCAUCGCCUUAAUUACAUCCACUUUCACUCUAAGUUUGGUUCCUGGACCAAAAAAGAACAAAGUAGUGGUUAAACGGUUUUGUAACAUGACUGCUCCAAGAUAUUCUAGCCUGAUUGACAUACACAGACCCGUUAUUGAUAGCCCAAACUUGGAGUUCCCCGAACCAGGAAUUGACAAGAUGGUGGAUAUUGGGAAAGGUCAAGAACACUAUAUGCCUUUCUUUUACAAAGGCCCCAAGCCUUGGUCUCUUGAACUUUUCAUCAACUUAGACGAAAAGACCACUGUUAGGGUAGAAUUGGAUACAACACAGUGUUUUAUGACAUUAUUUUUGAUAACCUUUUUCGGUACUUUGAUUUCUGCACCGACGUUGGCUUUGGUCGACACAGCCACACUACAACUUCUAGGCUCGGAAACUUACAAGUACGGCAUGCAGAGACUCACGGGAUCGAUUGGUUGGGGUGUCGGUGCUUUCGUCGUCGGCGCCUCCCUUAAAACGACCCACCAAUGUGGUAAAGAUAAAGACUACGAGAUCGUAGAUUACGUUCCCUGUUUUUAUACUUUCGCUGGUUUAAUGUUUCUGGGCUUGAUAACGGCAACGCAGUUUAAAUUUGAGGAGAAAUCGAAGAAGUCAAAGGGAGCAAGUCUUAGUGUUGGGCUGCAAGCUUUGAAAAGUCCAACAUAUCUCAUGUUUCUCUUCACAGCGUUAUAUUUAGGCUUUUUGAUGGCAUUUAUAAAAACAUUCCUUUUCUGGCAUCUCAAGGAUCUGGGUGGAAGUCAGCUACUUUUUAGCAUCAUUUCCGCAGUUAACUGUUUCGCGGAAGUUAGUAUGUAUUUUCUUUCCGCCAAACUAAUCAAACGAAUUGGUCACGCGAAGGUUUUAUACCUAGGACUAAUCUGUUACUCAAUUAGAUUGUUCUAUUAUUCAGCCAUUCCAAUCCCGUGGAUGGUCCUGGCUGUUGAGUUACUUCCUGGUAUAACAACAGCAGCAGUCUGGGCUGCUUGCCUCUCCUACGUCAGCAUCAACUCGGGACCUGGCGCUGCCACAACAAUGCAGUGCAUUUUGCAUGGAGUGCACUGGGGCCUCGGUUACGGUGCGGGAGAGGUGAUUGGAGGCAUAAUGGUGCAUCAUUACGGUGCGCCGACGACAUUUAUCAUUUUUGGUGUUUUAUGUCUAGUUAUCUUAGGCGCAUAUAUUUUAAUUAACUACUUCUGCGGGUCCAGAGAUGGAAAACAAGGCUGCAGUGCAGACUCUGAAUACUCAGAAAUAAGUGACGAUGACAGUAAAAGAUACUCGACAAAAGAAGAAGUUGUGACCCCCUCGGUCCCAGCUGAACUUGCACCCAAAGAGUCCAGUUCCCAAGAUUCGUCGCAUAAUUUAUUCCCGAACACCGUUUGGUCGCAUAGUACAGUACACGGUAUAAAGACAGUUAUGGCAGAAAAUGCUCCGGAUGAAACUCAAAAAGGUCAUCAUGACAUUGAAGAAAGCGAGAAAAAGAAGGAAGGCUGUUGCGCUGUCAAUAAGGUUUACUUGGUUUCCAAAGGAUUCUAUUUCUUCUUCUUCUCUGCCCAGGGAUCAUUGUUACCCUAUUUGGCCUUAUUCUUUAAACAACUCGAGCUGCCUGCACGUCAAAUCGGAGCAAUUACAGGGAUUAAACCUUACAUCGCUUUCUUCUUCAUUCCGUUUUGGGGAUGCGUCGCUGAUAGAUUCAAGAUAGGAAAGAUAAUGUUUGCUAUCUCUAUGAUCGCUGUCAUAGCAGGCAUGGUCGCUUAUGCUCUUGUUCCCAUCAAUAUCUGCGAAACAGAGCCAACAGAAGCUCACAGUAAGCGAGCCCUCUCACAGGAGUCCAACAGAGCGACCUACUCAUAUAAACUUCACAGACGUUCCACCUGGUAUGCAUCAUCACAAUCCCCAGUUACCAAAUCAACAACCAACAUAGAUACACAGUCAAGAGUCGUUGAUAUAGUGGAACCAAAAAAAUCAAGAUCAAAACGAGUGGCUCUUUUCCUACGGAGGCACUCCCACAUACCUAAUCUGAUACAAAAAGUAUCCCCGAUAGGGUUCAACGAACAAAUGGUAAAAUUUAAUCAGCUAACUGGCAGAGCAGCGCGACGAAAACGGAACAAUUUUACGACCUCCUUGGACAGCGUUUCAGAAAUGGCUGACGAGUCCCUCGAGGAAACGCCUUGGUCUCAGUCAGAUAUGAUAGCCUUGCAAGACCAGAAAUCCAAGAAAACUCUAUCCAGAAAAAAUAAAUUUAUUUUCCUCUAUCUGUUAUUAGCAACAAUUUUCACCACCCUAUUGUCGUGUCCUAGUCUAACACUCGCGGACACAGCAACUGUGAACCUAUUGAAACAGAAUGGCGACACGCACAAGUAUGGUAAGCAGCGAAUGUGGGGUUCCGUUGGUUAUGGAUCCAUGGCAUUUCUAAUUGGUGCUGCGGUCAGCAGAACCCACCUGUGUCCUCCUGGCAGCGCAAGAAAAAAGGAUGUCAACUACUAUCCAUGUUUUGCCAUGUAUGUGGUGUUUAACAUCAUUGCUCUAGUAGUAGGAUCGAGAUUCGAAUUUGGUAAGAAUGGUAAACCAAAUAACAAAGAAACUGGUGGGGAUCCGAAAACAACAGAAGAUAAUGCUCGUCAAAGCAAAGAGACGACUGGAAGCGGUAACCGAGGCAUAAUAGCGGGACUCAUGCUAUUGACACGACCAAGACAUGCAAUGUUUUUAAUUACCGCGUUCUAUGUCGGCAUUACCAUGGGUUUCAUCCGGGUAUUUCUAUUUUGGCACCUGAAAGACCUGGGUGGCACUCAGAUUCUCUUCAGUAUCAUGACGGCAAUCAACUGCGUUGCUGAAGUGACACUUUAUUUUCUUUCUACGAAGUUAAUUUCCUUUCUUGGCACUGUAAGGGUGCUCUACCUGGGGUUGACAUGCUAUGCCAUACGUUUGUUCUACUACGCAUUUGUUACCAAUCCUUGGACUGUCCUCCCAGUUGAACUGCUGUCUGGCAUUACCACCGCGGCUGUUUGGGCUGCCAUGAUGUCUUACGUGGGCACUCACUCUGUAGAAGGUGCCUCUGUGACUUUACAAGGUAUUUUGCAUGGUGUCCAUUGGGGUCUCGGUCAUGGAUCAGGAGAACUCAUCGGCGGAAUGCUCAUAAGCAGCUUUGGUGCUCCCACUGCAUUUUCCAUAUUUGGAUCGCUGUGCCUAAUUUUAAUGGGCGUUUAUAUUUUAGUUAACCGUCUGACAAAUAACUUAGAAUGAAUUGUACUUCACUGAAACAGCAUCCUUAAAUGAACCGGACAUAUUCGAAAACUAUUAACAAAUUCUCACCAAAUGAGAUUACCAUGAUGUAAGCCACUUUAAACAUUGCACAACAUUUUCAGGCUUGAUAGACAACAAAUUGGCAUCAAAUUUGAUAAAUUCUGGUCCCAGUUGUAUAAAGGGCGUAUAACGCUAUGUAACGGAUAAAUCGCUAUCCAGCGGAU